AUGUCGACAAAAGUUUUGCAGGAGAUAGUCACCAAGACUUUGGUUGUGAAAGGGUCUGUGAUCUUGACUGAUCUUUCCGACGAAGUCGUGAAGGGAGAUGCGGCUGUCGCUCAUGGGACGUUCUCUGACGUAUUGAAAGGUACUUGGAACGAUCCAAUUGAGAGACGGCCUCGGUCGGUAAGUCGUCAUCAAGGUCCUGCGUCAAGUCAUGGUACAAAACGUUCGAGAGAAGCUCAUCAAGCGACUUCAAGCAGAGGUUAUUGCUUGGCAUCGUUAUGUCAUCGCAAUGUAUCGCAGCUAUUUGGGAUAGUGCGUCUUUCACAGAGCAUUGGCAUGGUAUCGCCUUGGUGCGAACAUGGGACGCUUUGCAACUAUCUGGAGCAUUUCCCGAGCGUGAAUCGAUCAAGACUUCUUGCCCAGGUGGCUUCUGUCAUUGCCUAUCUCCAUACAUUCAGGCCUACCAUCGUCCAUGGGGACUUGAAAGGAGUCAGGCCCCUUCCUUCAUCCUCUCCCGCUCCACGCUGA